AUGGCCUCAGAGUCAGGAAAUGAGUUGAGAUCGAAGAAAUUGCUUGCGAGAUUUGUGUCUAACAUGGCAGGGUCUGGAGGUGAGUGCUCAGAUUCAAAGGGAGCUGAUGAAUCCGAUGCAAAGAAGAAAGAAAAAGAAGAAUCAAGCGAUGCUGGGAAGAUGACUCUCAUAGAGGUAUUCAUGAAGGAUGCUAAAGCUCUGGGACUGAUUCAAGGAGCAGUUUUCGAUGGGAUCUUUCCUCGGAUCUCUCACGAAGAUACCUCUAAAGGAGCUUGGGAUAUAUUGAUGCAAGAAUUCCAUGCUGAUAAACAGAUAAGCCCACUGGAAAUCAAAGUACUAAGGAUCAAAAGAAUUGGAAGGCAAAAGGGCAAGCCAAAGUGCUACAACUAUGACAAGUUUGGUCAUCUUGCAAGGGACUACUAUAGUAAGAAACCAGAGAAAUCAAAGAAACCAGUGCAACGGCUCAAGUAUGCCACUCAGGAUGUACGGUAUAUAGAUAGUGGAUGUAGCAAUUAUAUGACAGGUAAGGAGGAUCUACUUGUUGAUAUUGACAAGAAUGUGACUGCUAAGGUUGAAAUGGGUACUGGACAACUUGUUGAAGUGACUAGUAAAGAAAAUCUAGUGGUUGAAACCAAAAUAGGCAAGCGAUACAUUAAGGAGGUUAUUCUGGUGCCUGGACUGAAAAAAAAACUUACUUAG